UACUAUCAACCCAAAAAACAACAAAAUAGGACGAAAGCAAAUAGGCGGUAGAACAAAAAAUGGCGUAGUAGGAAACUUAUGAAAAACAUAGACGGUAGUCUCUACUUAACAUCUACACCCUAUCAGUAGCGUCAUUCUGCUUCUAGCUAGUCACCUAGGUAGAGCAGCGCCACGCGUUGAUGACGAUAGUUUUUUUUUGCUUGAAUAUUUGGGACUGGUAGCUUCACUGAAGAACUAGUCAAUGACGAGUUGAUUUCAAUACUAGAAUUUUUUUCUAUUGGUAUAAUAACUACCUAUUUUUACAACAUAGUACUAACGCAGUUCUUACUCUCGAUCAAAUUUGACUUUUCAAUUAUUUUGUUUUUUCCAAAAGAUGCCACUACUUUCGUGUCGUGCGUGCAGCGAAAACCCGCUGGACAUCUGGGCUUCGCUGUUCGGGGGUGGAAAAGAGGAAAAACCAUCAGCGAAUACGGUCAAUAAAGCCCAGCAGCCGGGGAAUAAGAGCAAGUAAUCAUGAUGAAAAGUCUUUAAUGACUUUAAAAAGUCUAAGUGCCCUUUAAUCAUGUAGUUCGGGUUUGCGUUUGGCGUAUCAGGUGGCAUGAUACAUACUGUCACAUUUAGACCUUCAACAAUGAUUCUAUUGUCAUUUUGAUUUUCAACAAUGAUCCUAUUACAUCAUGAUUACCACAGGACGAGCAGCAAAGACCCCAAGCAGCAACCCGACGGAACGCAACAGCAGAAGAAAGGUCGAAGAAAUGGAGCAAUCUAUAAAAAGCGGACGCCUGAAGAAGUCAAAAAAUGUGUGGAGGCGUGGGAGCCCUAUGCCCAUCCAAGAGCACGUGAAUUUUUUCCGACAAAAGAAAUGCUCUGCAACAUACUGGAACAUUUGGCACUUGGUACUCGUAAAUACUCGCAUAUAUUUAUACAAGUACUUACACAAUCUAGGGAUAAUCCGGUUAUAUUCUAACAAUUACAUCCACAAAAAUCUAGUAGAUCUUCUGCUUGUCCUUUCCUCGUCUUCGGAUGUUACUUCAGUCCCAUUCAAUGUAUGAGUAAUAUCACUUCAACGAAACAGGUGUCCACAACGCAGACGACCCGGUCUUGGGGGACGACACGAAAUGUGUCUAUUGGUACGGGGAUGUUACGACAAGUGAUCAACAAGCUGCUGUCACCAUGAUCAAGCCGGGAGAGGCGACGGAAAGUACUAGUCGUGUUUGUAGAGGAAAAAGUCUAAAGUAGACUUCUCGUUUGAAUAUUAGUAACAAUGAAAGUAAUUGUAAGAGAGUUGCAUUAAAUAUAUUGUGCAUUCAACGUUAUUUCAUCAUUUCUUCAACCCCACCGAACUGCUCGUACAAAACAAAGGUAUCACCUACGUGAACCGCGUCCUAGCAUUUAUUUUUGCAACGGAUGAGUCCUUCGAAGAGCUCAUGCGAUUACCAAAGCAGCCUUUCAAGAUGAGUUGUGGAGACCAAUUGUGCGUCAAUUUGGCCCAUAUAUCCCUUCAAGUCGCAUCCGGUGAAGAGGAAGAUCUGUGUAGGCAAGCCCCUCUUCCGCCUGCGCCAGCUGCGCCAGCACCGGCACCUCCGAGAGAACAAGUUGCAGGAGGAGGACCACAAGCAUUAGCACAGUCAGGACAGCCGCCAGCAUCAUCUUCGAGUUCCUCCACUUCUUCGAGUAGUAUGCAAGGAAGGACUGCUGCAGCGAAUGUUGAUGCACAACCAGUACAACAAGCGUAUAACAAUCAGUAUCACCAGAACUACAACAACGUUCUUCCACAAGCAGCUGAUAAUUACCAGACCUCUGGCGCUGUUGCUUCCUCAUCGAGUUCGAGCAGUAGAGCUCCAAUCAUGUCACCAGAAACACAGGAGCAUCAACUUGGCAGCAGUUCUUCAACUUCGUCUCGUAGUCCAACGGAACAACAACAUCAAACUCCUAUUAAUGGUGGCGAUCCUCCAACAAAGCACAACUACACCUACAGCAAAACUUCGGGUUCCACUACAGCCACCAGUUCAAAGAUGACUGCGAGCGUAGGUGAUGUUCCACCACCACCCGGUCUGGAGAUGUACGCCUCCGAAAGUCCAAUAGCGGAACCACAUCAAUAUCCGCGAAAUACAGGAGAGGUGACGCAGGCACCACCAGCAGCAAAAUAAUCACGACCACCUCCACGAUUAUCUUCGGCAUCGGAUGCUCAUGGCUCAUGGUUCUCUCGAUACGCCAACGCCAACCCAGAUUAAGUUCCACAACAUCUAGAGUCCUCAUCCCAUCAUGACCUUCCACUUCCUAGUACCACUGCAUCUCCCAGUCUGCAGGGCACCAGUGUAACGAAAGAGUCUACAACUGCCUCAUUGAAUAAUGUUCAUGUUGUACAACUUGUAGGAUGUGAAUGAUGUGACAUCUACAUCUAGUGAUUUCAACUAGAUCUAGAAGAGGCUUUGUGUUUGUCUUUCUCCACAAAUCAAUUCUUCAGAUAAACAGCAAUCUCUCAUAUUUAGUUCUUAGUCAACAUCUCUGACUCUUUGUGAAGAUCUUCAGUCAACAUCUUCUACCGUUGAUUGUGAUCAGUGCAUAGAGUAGCAAUCUCGGUCUCAUUUUGGUUCCUUGUGCUUGCCCUUGAGCUUGACCUAGUAAGAAGAGCUACAACUUCUUCAUCUACCAAGAAGAAGAAAAUAAGUUCUUUCACUCGAUGUCUAUCUAAACACCGUCUAUCUCCUUCAUUAUUAUUGUAAUUUUUUUUUGGUCGUCGGUCUAUGAUUUAAUCUAUCAAUGAUCCUAUGUCUAUGAACCUGAAUGUAUACCUCAUCGUCGUUCCUUCAUCAAGAUUGCUAAGAAGAUGUUGUUGUCAAGAAAGAUUAUACGCUGAACUUAUCUUUCAAAGAUGUCCUCCGCUGACUCCCAGACAG